AUGGAGAAAGAAGAGUUGGUUUUCGUCCCCUCACCGGGAGCCGGUCACCUGGUAUCAACCAUUGAGCUUGCAAAGCGCCUCAUUGAUCGACAUGAUCGCCUUUCAAUCACUGUUCUCUGUAUAAAGCCACCCUCUAUCUUGAAUGCCGGAUACAUUGAUUCACUAGCUUCUUCCGCCCCUUGGAUUCGCUGGAUCGAGCUCCCCUCGGUAGACCCUCCUUCACCGGAGACUUGCAAGCUACCGUUCAGCUUUAUCUCUCGCUUCAUUGAAGGCCACAGACCCCACGUAAAACAAGCUGUCACCCAACUCAUGGCUUCUCAGCGCCAGUCUCGAAUCGCUGGGUUGGUCCUCGAUCUCUUCUGCUCUCCCUUGAUCGACGUAGCGGCAGAACUCGGCAUUCCGUCCUACAUGUUCUUCACCUCCCCAGCAGCCAUGCUCGGUCUCAUGCUCCACUUCCCAACCCUCAAUAGUCAGACGACCACCGAUUUAAAGGACUCAGUUGAGUUGAUAAUACCGAGUUAUGUCAACCCGGUAUCCCCCCGAUUCUUGCCUGUGUCUCUAUGGAUCAGGAAAGAGGACGCCUACAUUCGGUGGCUCUAUCACUGUCGUCCUUUCAGAGAAGCCAAGGGCAUCAUCGUAAAUUCAUUUUCCGAGCUUGAAUCUCACGCUAUUAACUCAUUCUCAGAUGGUCGAACCCCGCCGGUUUAUCCGGUUGGACCAUUGAUCGACUUGGAGUCUCGGAUCCACUCGCCGUCCAACCGCAUCCGACGAGAUAAGAUCGUGAAAUGGCUGGACGACCAACCGCCGUCGUCGGUGGUUCUGCUGUGCUUCGGAAGCAUGGGAGGCUUUGGUGCUCCCCAGGUGAAAGAGAUAGCGGUUGGGCUCGAGAGGAGCGAUGUUCGGUUCUUGUGGUCCUUGCGUCAACCUUCCGAGGUUAUGAUGGGCCCACCCCGUGACUACACCAGCGUUGAGCUUGGGGAGAUCUUGCCCAAUGGGUUCCUUGAUCGGACGGAGGGGAGAGGCUUGAUAUGUGGGUGGAUCCCACAAGUGGAAGUGCUGGGCCACCCAGCGAUCGGAGGGUUCAUAUCUCACUGCGGGUGGAACUCGAUAUUGGAGAGCCUCUGGUUCGGCGUGCCGGUGGCCACGUGGCCCCUCUAUGCUGAGCAGCAUUUAAACGCGUUUGAGAUGGUGAGGGACUUGGGAUUGGCCCUGGAGAUCAGACUGGAUUACAGGAAUGGUGAUGAUUUGGUGAGUGCGGAGGAGGUGGAACGAAGUGUUAGAUCUUUGAUGGACGGUGAUAGCGAGGUGAGGAGAAGGGUGUGGGACAUGAGGGAGAAGAGCAGAGCAACAGUUGUGGACGGUGGAUCUUCAUUUUCUUCCUUGGGUUUUCUGAUUGAUGAUCUGAUGGCAAAGAAUUGACCCAUCUUGCAUUAAUUUCUGCUGCUGCCCUUUAAUUUUCACUUUUUGUUUUAAUCUUUUUUUCCUACAACAAUUACUACUCUUCUUCUCUUGUGUUGUUACUCGUUUAGGAUAGAAGACAAGUGAGAGAGUGCUCCAAAUCUCUCAAUAUAGACUUAUUUUUUUUUCAUGGAAACUCGGGUUUGUCCUUCUAACCAGUAGAAUUAUUACUAUGUUGUUAGAAACAAUUUUUUACCCUAUUAAUGUAAUAUGUUGGAAUGAUAGAUUAGUGCAUACAAUGGGCUGCACUAGAAAAAAUUGUUUAGGACACUCUGGGCCCAUGGUGUAU